CGUGGUGUGGUGGGCGGGGCUCGCCGUAUCAUGGAGGAUCAGUAGGCGAACGGCAGCCAGCAGAGGAAGGCAGGCACCGCUCCGACCCCGGGACGCCGUCAGCCGUUCACCGCCACACAGCUGCCCCAGCAUGGACAUGAAGAAGAGGAUCACCCUGGAGCUGCGGAACCGGAACCCGGCGGAGAUCGCAGAGCUGGUGCUGGACAACAGCCGCUCGGCAGACGGCGAGGUCGACGGUCUGACCGAUGAGUUCACGGAGCUCGAGUUCCUCAGCAUGGUCAACGUUGGUCUGACCUCGUUCGCCAAGCUGCCCUCGCUGCCCAAACUACGCAAGUUGGAGCUGAGCGAUAACAAUUUGUCGGGUUCUCUUGAGAUGCUGUCGGAGAAAUGUCCAAACCUGACCUACCUGAACCUGAGUGGGAACAAGAUCAAAGAGCUGAGCACUGUGGAGGCGCUGCAACACCUGAAGAGCCUGCAGAGCCUUGACCUGUUUAACUGCGAGAUCACGUCUCUGGAGGAGUACCGGGAGAGCGUGUUUGAGCUGCUGCCCCAGGUGACCUACCUGGACGGCUUCGACCAGGAGGACAACGAGGCACCCGACUCCGAGGCGGAGGACGAAGAUGAGGAUGGCGAGGACGGGGCGGGGCCAACUGGCGCGUACGAUGAGGAGGAAGACGAGGACGAGGACGGCUCGGAGAGCGCAGAGGCGGGGCUGGGUUUCCAGGUGAACCGCGCCAACCAGGAUGACGAUGAGGAAGACGAAGAGGAGGAGGAUGAUGAUGCGGCGGGCGUUCAGGGACAGAAGAGGAAGAGACAGGCGGACGAUGAAGGCGAGGAGGAUGACGAUGAUGAUGAUGUCUAACCUUGUAGCUGGCCGCCGUCUGUGUGGCGUCCUGUUCUCCUUGGCGGCGGCGUCCCCUGAGAUAGUUUGCGUUUGUGAGUCAAGUGUUUAAUUUUAGAGAAUUUCUGAGAGAUUUUAUCCGAACCCCACGCUUCCUGCUGAAGACGCCACGUUUCCCUCUUUUCCCACCCCGAACUUUGAGCCGCGUCUGAACGCCUCGCUAGUUUGCUGAGCUUCCCGCGUCCUCAGCGGGUUUCAGCUCCUGUGGUCGCCGUUUUCUUUAUUAUUUCAGGGGCCGCGUUUCCUCCGAGGGGACUGAACGGCCUCCCGAUGGUUUGUCCUACACUUCCCACACAGCAGAAAGCCACUAGCUUCCAGCGUUAGCGUGUUAGAGCUACAGACAGACGAAAAUUAGACCAAUGAGUCCAACCCGCUUCGUCCGAUCAGCCCGGCCCCACCUCGCCGUCUGCUCGGGUUUUCGUUGGCGGUUUACUGCGAGCAGGAACUGCAGCCAUCCGAUAAACGCACUUUCACCUUCCCAGCAGCAGGGCGCGCUCUCCAAAUGUCAUGACCUCCCUGAAACCAUGACCUGAAACUUCCUGUUACACAUGACAGUGAAACAGGAAGUGAUUAGUUUAAAGAUAAAGCUGAGAACGUGAUGGGAGCGUUUGAGUUUUCACGAUAUCAGCUCCUCCAUCAGAGUUCAAGCUGGAACAUUCAGGAGUCAGUCAGGAAAAAUGGGCGGUGCUUCCGAAAAUAUCACCUGAUGUGAAAUUGAAAUUGUGUGAUUUGGAUGUUUUACGAUCGUUUUUAAUGCAUUUCAGAGGCUAAACGGCUUGAAGAAAGUUACACUAAACCCCUUCCAUCUAAAUAAAUACACAUUUUAUUUAUUUAUGUUAGUUUUUCUCACCAGUCGCUUUGAAAUGGUCGUUACUGUUGCUGUGUUAGCGCCCCCUGCUGCCUUUGAACUGGUGUGUUGUCAUUCAACAGGUCAAAGUGUGUGACCUGCUGAGGUCAGGGUGAACUCACCACUUCUAAGGCAAUACUGUAAAUAGACUCAGUUUGGGGUUUUUUAAGUUUUUUAUUUUGAUGUAUCUGCAGCGAGGUAACCCCAUCUCUGACCUUUGAACCCUCACCCUGUCUGUAGGGUCAAGAUGUUUUACUCUUUGUGGUGUUUGAGUUUUAAAUAAAAGAUUUUAAACAAGUAAAA